AUGUAUAGGAGCAUGAAGUUGGAAGAAUCCUUGCAAGACGAGAUAUUGGCAAAGAGAAGUGUUAGAGUGACAGGAGAAGUGACUUGGUGGCAGUUUCAACAGUACCUUCAUAACUAUCAACGUCUUCGAGGCAAUGCCAACCUUUUCCAAAAUCAACUAAGGCAAGAAGACGAAAUGUAUGAAAACAUAAUAACAUUUGGAGAAUCAAGUAAUGGAAUUAAGGACGCACCAAGUGACUAUUUUACUUGCAAGUCUCUCUAUGAAUCUUCAAGGGUCGUCCGAGUUAGUAAACGUAGAGCUGAUGAUAACAAUCGUAAAACUGUUUGUGAUAUUCGAGAUGAUGAUAAUGUUGUUACUGUGUCACUAACAAAAUCGAUAAAAGCUUCCAAAGGUGAAGAAGAAUUGUCCCUUGAGCUCACUCUUGGUCUCAAGCCUUAA